CUUGUCCAUGCCGGCCGCCGGGGAUGUCCGAGGCCGAGCAGCCCUUGGUCGGCUCCAGCGCUGCGGAGCAGAGGGCGCGGUGCGAGGGCAGCCGGGCUGGGCGGGGCUGUGGGGGAUUAACCCCGAUGGACUCUGCGUGGGAGAAGCAGGUCGGGACGCUGUCGCAGCCCUGCGAGCCGGCUGGAGCUCUGCGGAGGGAGGCACAGAUCUUUCAUAGCCAUGGGAGCAUCUGUAGGAGCAGUAACCAAACAGGCCCUGUUCCCUCCGCUCAUGCCUGCGGGGCGCCCUUUCCGUGUGUCCAAUGCCUCCCGAAGCAGCCGGAAGGGAAUUGUUGCAAGCAGCCUGCAAGAGCUCCUCAGCAAGACUUUAGAUGCCUUCGUUAUAACUGCUGGAAUAGUUACUCUGGUAUUGGAGGAAGAUGGCACAGUUGUGGACACAGAAGAGUUCUUCAAGUCCCUGGAUGAUAAUACACACUUCAUGGUUCUAGAAAAUGGACAGAAAUGGACACCAACAAAAAAUGGAGUUGUCGCUGUGAGAAAAAAGAAGAAAAUGGGAGUGGCUAACAUCACAUUUGAUCUGUACAAACUGAACCCUAAGGAUUUUAUUGGCUGCUUAAACAUCAAGGCAACCUUCUAUGAGAUCUACUCUAUCUCGUAUGACAUCAAAUGCAUGGGAGCAAAAAGUGUAUUGCGGAAAGUGAUUCAGCUAAUAUCCCAUGCAGCACAAAUAACUGGACAGUUUCUGCUCUAUACUGGAACCUAUAUGUUGCAGUUGAUGGGUGAAUAUGAAGAAGAAGACAUGUGCAUGAGAUCCAGGCGGGACUAGUGACCACAGCUGCGCUUCUGAUGUCGAAUCCUUUUGCUUAAAGACAUUUUCGUGCCCAGUUCUGAUUGUAACAAUGUUAUAGUAGGGGGAUGUGCACUGAUGUGAACUAGCAUUUUUCCUGUUUGGGAGUGCUUGUAGGCCUUAGUCAUGAUGUGUUGGACGUUCACAGGCUCUUAACACCACAAAAAAAUGGGUGCCUAAUUGUCUGAGAAUCUGGCAAAAGGAGAGAGAGGGCAGGUUUUUGCCCCAGAAAUUCAAAAUGAAGAAUAAAAUAUUGGAAACUUUAAUGCUUUGUAACCAAUGGAAUAUUUUUUGCACCAAUCAGGAUAUUGGGGGGUUUUGUGUGGUUAUUUUUUGUUUGUUUUGGUGUUUUUUGUUGUUGUUUGUUUUUCAUGGCUGUCUACUUGCAUUCUGAACAGACUGGGCUGUAAGGUGAGGUCAUGGGGACUGUGGGGGUUUGUUUAUUUGUUAGUUUUAAUCCUUAACAGUGCUGGCAUUAGUGUGAAGCUGACAUUGAGGUGAACUCUAUCUAUUUACUCUUGUUGACAAUGGAACUACAUAGUGCAACUUCAGUCCUACUUCAGUGACUGACUCUUCUCAUGAAGUCUAAUUGGAGAUUGUGCAACCACUAAGCAGAAGGUUAAGAUUUAGCCUUACUUCCCUUGAAACAAAUAAAACCUUUUCAUUAUAGUUCUUUAUAUUUUUUUUUUCAAAUCUUCAGGAUGUUCAGGUUGUUACAGCUCACACAGUGGAAGAACCUGAUACAUUUUCUUAAUGAAUCUGAUGUCUAGUUCUGCCUGAGCAUUGACUAAUCUGCCGUGGUUUCAUGAAUAUGACUUGUAAGCAACCUGCUGAAGCUUUUUUCAGGGGUUAAACCACCACUUUGGUAGUUUUUACUGUUACAAGAUGACACUAGUUGUCAAGUUGGGCUUGAGGUACAUGUAAGAGAUGCUGGAUGUUUUCUUGCCCUUGGUUUCAGGGAGAGCAGCAGGACACUGUCUAAUCUUGCAUAACAUACGUGUAUGCUCUAAAGUGAAUAUUUGUGGUGUUAUAGUCUCCCAAGAGAAGCUGUAUCAGAGGACAAAGUAAUGCUUCCUGCAGCUUAUUGAACUGUUGCUAUGCCCAGCUUUCAGUAAGCUUUUCCUCAAAAGUGUGAAAAAUUGGAGAACAAGUACCCUUAGGCAUCUUGUGUCAAAAUGCAGACUCACACUGGUGAAGGAAAAAAAGCCCAGUUUUGGUUGUUCACAGGUGUAGCUUUUGAAGUUUUUGUUUGCUUGCACAUGAAGAAUUUGAGGAAGGCUGAAAGCUGUGUCUGUCCUGACAGUAGGUACCACCUAGUAAGAGAAUCUCUGGUGCAGAGAGAACAAGUGGGGCAGGGGAGGAAAUCAGUGGGAGUGAAAGGGAAAAGGCCAUUAUGAACCCCAGAGUUCUUGCCAUGGCUCUGAGACAGGAGUCCAUUAACUGUGUGCACCAACUGCACUGACCUGAUUUGCUGAAAGAGAAGCAGAAAGAUGGAAAAGAUGAAGUAUCAUGGUUGGUGGUAUCUAUUCUGACCUCUUAGCUGGGUCUGACCACUUCAAAGGUCACUGAUCCAUGGGAAAAUUGCUCUUGCUUUUAGCUGCAAAUCUCACCUUCAUGUGCUUAUUUUUUUCCUGCCCACUAUGAGUGUGGCUAUGCCAGUUGGAGCUGCAUCUUUUAGAUCACUUUUGAGAGGAAAGACAGCCUAAACCCAAGUGCUAAAGGGACUGAUGGAUACAAUUUUUGGUCAGUCUCUGCCCAUCUCUUAAGUGAUGGUAUUACAAAUAAAUAGACAGCUAAGAAAAACUUUGUCUUUUUUCCUAAUUCCUGUUGUUUCCCAUCUACUUCUGAGCAUUUGCUGGAGGAGGCAGAGGGCAUACUGCUCCAGAUAAGGGGAGGACUUGUUCUUUCCUAAUUUCUCACAGGAGAGAAUGCCUGGAGCUUGCAGCACUGUCAGCUGUCCUUCAGAAGAAAACAGUAAACUAUUCUGGGAGUAAUGAGAAAGCUUCCAUUUUUACAUAACCUUGUUUUAUCUGUAUUUUUCUUGACACCCCCUGCAUAAAUGAUUGUUGCCAUGUUAAUCGUUGGCCAAAGUCUUUCUUUCCCUGUCAAAGAAUUGCAUUUAACUGACUUUACAAGGACAUGGUAAUUAAUUUCUUCAGCUUUUAAGGACCACUUAUUAAAACAAGCACACCUCUUGAAAGGAAAUUCUCUUAAAUGCUUCUAUGAAUAUUUUUGUUGCCUGUGGUGGGAGCACCAGCAUUAAAAGAAGGUAAAACAACCAGAAUAGCUCAUUGUUGCUUUGUUUGAAUUGCUGCUUCAACAUCUGUAGUACAAAAGUUUGUGCAUGUCUGAACAGUGCAGUUCCCAAAUUCCAGCCUUAUCUAGCCAGAGGCAAUUGUUACAGGACUAACACACCAUGGUUUAUUGUGGCACUAUCUGGGAAUCCAGCAGUGAUCUGAAAAGCAAACCUGCUAUGAAUGUGCAAUGUUUUUAAGCAGCUGUUCCUUCAACAGCUUAACACUUAAAACUUGAGCUGCUGACGUUCCUGUGUGCAGCAGUCUCCAUCUUGGAGCAAUUCCCUCUGUUCAGCUGCUUGCAUUUUGAAUUAAAAUAGUUCAGCUUUGAUCCUUUCUCAAAAUGGGAGAAGUGUCCUGGAAGUUGUGUCUAAAAUUGUUUCAUUGCUUCUGAAUCUGGAUCUUUCACAGGCUUAAUAUUUGGAGGUGAUUUUUUUCUACUGUACCAACUUCUAUCUGGAAAUAAAGUUUUGGCUUUGAGUCAAACUGGA